UAUGGGUUCUGUUAAGAAAAGGCUGAAAAAAUGUAUGAAAUUUGGUGAAAAUUACAAUAAAUACUUAUUGAACUUCAGUUAUUUGGAAUCGUUGGAUGAAAGGGAUAUAUUAAUUAUUAAUGAUUUAAUUAUACUAAAGUCUCAAAAUAAUCCAUUUUUGGAUAAAAAUGGUACGUCUUUAGAUUUACAAAGUUUAAUAACAAAGAAAUAUUUUGGAAAUAAUUCCAAUAGUUCUGUUUUCCUUCAAAAUAUGAGGAUAAAUGAUAAAGAUAUAAUUAAGAAAGUUUAUAAAUAUAGUAAAAAAGCAGAAGCAGAAAUGGAAAUUUCCGUAUUAGUCAGAAUGAAUAGCUCUAGUUUUUUUCCAGAUGUUUAUGCAAUUAAGUUUGGUGAAUAUAAUAUUAGUAUUUUUAUGAAAAAAAUUGAACAUUCUCUACAAAAUUAUUGCUAUAAAAAGGAUUUGAAUUUUUUUCAAUUGAGAUGCAUUUUUCGUGAUGUAUUAGCCGCAGUUUCCUCCUUACAUAAGGAAGGUAUCGUUCAUGAGGACAUCAAAGCCGAUAAUAUUGUAAUAGAACGCUGUUUUAGAGGAGGUAAACAUUCGUUCAAAGGUCACUUAAUUGAUUUUGGCCUCUCUCAAUAUGAAUGUUGUCGUAGAGUAUAUUACGAAAGUGGUAACGUACUAACAAGUAGUCCAGAGAAAGUAAACUGUAAAGGAGAGAGAUGCAACUAUAAAUUAGAUAUAUGGUCAAUUGGAAUUUCUUACUUGCAGGCCAAAUUACGAUCGAACUUGAUUUAUCCAUUAAAAGAGCCAAAUAGGUUUAAUUGUCUCCUUCAUAUAGGCCAAUUGCGAAAUCUUCAUAAUGAUGCUAUUUAUGAAACUUUGCAAAAAUUUCGCUCAGAAGAAGGUCCAGUUAAUUCUUCAAUAUUAAACUAUUUUCCUAAAUUGCAAACUUUACAUCAAAUGGAAAUUGAAUUUCUUAAAGCUACUUUAGCUAUUGAUCCUUCAAAACGAAAAUCUGCCAAUGAAAUUUUACAAUUGGACCUAUUCUAUUGCUUAAAUGAUUAA